AGCAAACUUUUGCUUGGAAGAGCUCAGCUAAUUAAGCUGCUAUAUAUCUUCCACAGAAUAAGUUCCAACUACUUGUCCUCUCAACUUCUGAGUGUGUGUGAUCUGGAAAGAGAACAAAACCAUGUCUAUAACUAGUUAGAACCACACACGCCCAACAACGGCGCUAAUCCCUAUACCUUCAACUGUUUCUUCAUCUUUUUCAUGGUGGAUCAGAACCCCAAAAUAGAAAUGAAGAAAAGUGGCGACUCUGAUGAAAAAGAUGCACAGGAAGACUACCCCACAAAGCAAAACCCCACUUUUCAUGAAGUCGAACAAGAAGAUUAUGAUAUGGAUGACGAUGAAGGUGAUGAAUCGUCACAAGAGGUUGACCAUGAUUCUACUGGUGGAAGCGGACUCAAAAAUGGAUCGACAUCCAGCAACAGCACUGUUGAGGAGACAAGUGAUAAGAAAGCGAGCGGGUCAGUCACAGGAUCAGUUAGACCAUAUGUUCGCUCCAAGAAUCCCAGGCUUAGGUGGACACCUGAUCUUCAUCUUCGAUUUGUUCAUGCUAUUGAACGACUGGGAGGUCAAGAAAGAGCAACGCCAAAAUUAGUUCUUCAACUAAUGAAUAUCAAAGGCCUUAGCAUCUCUCAUGUCAAGAGCCAUCUUCAGAUGUAUAGAAGCAAGAAGAACGACGAUCCAGAUCAAGAACAAGGGCUUCUUAGUGAGGGUGAUGAUCACCAUAUGUACAACCUUAGCCAACUUCCAAUGCUCCAAAGCUAUAAUCGGAGAUCACUUUCCAAUCUUAGAUAUCAAGAUGGUUUAUGGAGUCCGCAAACGAACCUAAAUUAUAAUUCUUCCAUGACCGGAUUAAACCACGGGGUUUAUGGUUCAUUGGCGGAGAAGAUUCUCUCAACUAACAACAUCAGGAAUUAUCAUUCGAGCAUAAACCAAGAUCAUGAUAGAUGGAGAAGCUUCCGAAGCAACAGCAUCGAAGAGUUCCAGAUUGGAUUAUUCAAGAAUCCUUAUGGGUUAUCAAUGGCUAAUCAAAUUAGAAGAACUACUCAGAUGGACACAAAUGUGAUGGUCAGAGAUCAAGACCAAGAGAAAAGGUUACUUAAAAGAAAGGAGAUUGAUCAAGAAUCGGAACAUCUUGAUUUGAAUCUCUCAUUAAAAGUCAGGAACCCGAGAGAAGUGGAACAUACGAACAGUUUAAAGAAAAAUGAUGAAUUUGAUGAGAACAACUUAUCGUUAUCAUUGGUUUUGCCUACUUCUACUUCAAAUUCUAGUAGUAUUAAAAGGUCAAAGCAUGCAAAAACAAUGGGCGGUUGCAGUGCAUCUCUUGAUCUAACUUUGUGAAAGAGACAAAGAUUAAGUGAGAUUUUGCAGUACUUUUGUCCCAGAAAACAUUGCACAGAUUACUAUUAACUUGU